AUGACUUCAGCGAACGACUACGAGCAGCUGGAGCUGCAGCAGCAGUACAGCCGUAUCAACGUCCGCUGGGACGCCUCCGACGAUGAGCUGGACAACGACAACAGCUCAGCGCGCCUCUUCGAGCGCUCACGCAUCAAAGCCUUGGCAGACGAGCGGGAGGCUGUGCAGAAGAAAACCUUCACCAAGUGGGUGAACUCGCACUUGGCUCGCGUGACCUGCCGCAUCUCGGACCUCUACAUGGACCUCCGGGAUGGGCGGGUGCUCAUCAAGCUGCUGGAGGUGUUGUCAGGAGAGCUUCUGCCAAAGCCCACCAAGGGCCGGAUGCGGAUCCACUGCCUGGAGAAUGUGGACAAGGCGCUGCAGUUCCUGAAGGAGCAGAGGGUGCACCUGGAGAACAUGGGUUCCCACGACAUCGUGGACGGCAACCACCGCCUCGUCCUUGGCCUCAUCUGGACCAUCAUCCUCCGCUUCCAGAUCCAGGACAUCAUCGUGCAGACACAGGAGGGCCGGGAGACGCGCUCUGCCAGGGAUGCGCUGCUGCUCUGGUGCCAGAUGAAGACAGCGGGGUACCCCCACGUGAACGUCACCAACUUCACCUCGAGCUGGAAGGACGGGCUGGCCUUCAACGCCCUCAUCCACAGGCACAGGCCUGAGCUGGUUGACUUCCAAAACCUGACCAAAUCCAAUGCCCGGCACAACCUGGAGCACGCGUUCAGCGUGGCAGAGCGGCACCUGGGCAUCACCCCGCUCCUCGACCCCGAAGAUGUGUUCACUGAGAACCCAGACGAGAAGUCCAUCAUCACCUACGUGGUGGCCUUCUACCACUACUUCUCCAAGAUGAAGGUCCUAGAGGUGGAGGGCAGGCGUCUGGGCAAGGUCAUUGAGCAUGCCAAGGAGACAGAGCGGAUGAUUGAGGGCUAUGGGGGGCUGGCGUCCGACCUGCUCACCUGGAUCGAGCAGACCAUCGCCUCCCUCAACAGCCGCAGCUUCGCCAAUUCUCUGGCUGGGGUGCAGCACCAGCUGCAAGCCUUCAGCACCUACCGCACUGUGGAGAAGCCCCCCAAGUUUCAGGAGAAGGGCAACCUGGAGGUGCUGCUCUUCACCAUCCAGUCGCGGAUGCGAGCCAACAACCAGCGCGUCUACACCCCGCACGAGGGACGCCUGGUCUCUGACAUCAACCGGGCCUGGGAGCAGCUGGAGAAAGCGGAGCAUGAGCGGGAGCUGGCGCUGCGCACCGAGCUUAUCCGGCAGGAGAAGCUGGAGCAGCUGGCACGGCGCUUUGACCGCAAAGCGGCCAUGCGGGAGGCCUGGCUGAGCGAGAACCAGCGCCUGGUGGCCCAGGACAACUUUGGCCAGGACCUGCCGGCGGUGGAGGCGGCCAAGAAGAAGCACGAAGCCAUCGAGACCGACACGGCCGCCUACAAGGAGCGGGUGCAGGCCAUCAAGGCGGUGGCAAAGGAGCUGGAGGUGGAGGGCUACCAUGACAUCCAGCGCAUCAACGGGCGCAAGGACAACAUCCUGCGGCUCUGGGAGCAGCUCCUGGAGCUGCUGGCUGCCCGGCGCCAGCGCCUGGAGAUGAACCUCGCUCUGCAGCACCUCUUCCAGGAGAUGCUCCACAGCAUCGACUGGAUGGAUGAGGUCAAG